CUAGUGAUUUCGUAUGGUACUGUACCAUGUGUAGUGAACGUGUUUGGAGAUUCGACUGUGCGGAGAGAUUUUGUAUGUUAAAAUGUCAUUAGUGUCAAAGAUGGAGUCGAAAUCAUCGGCGACGUCUCCGUCCGAGAGGAGAUUGCAUAAAGAACUGUUGGCACUAAUAAAAGAACCUCCACCUGGUGUGAAGGUUGAUGUUGAUAGUGUUGGCAAAAACCUCCAAGAAUGGAAAAUAAAUAUAGACGGCGUAGAAGGUACUUUAUACGAAGGGGAGCAUUUUCAAUUGUUAUUUAAAUUUAAUAAUAAAUAUCCAUUCGAUUCGCCAGAAGUGACUUUCAUUGGAUCUAAUAUUCCAGUACAUCCCCAUGUAUAUUCCAAUGGACACAUAUGCUUGUCGAUACUUACUGAUGAUUGGUCACCCGCGUUAUCUGUACAGUCUGUAUGUCUUAGUAUAUCGUCAAUGUUGAGUAGUUGUCGAGAGAAAAAACGUCCACCCGACAAUACGCUUUAUGUUAAAACGUGCAAUAAGAAUCCUAAGAAAACGAAAUGGUGGUAUCACGAUGACACUGUCUAGGAUCUGUUAAAUAUACAAUUAAUACAAAGACGGUAGAGGUUGAAAGUCGUGAAUUCUGUAACUGAACUUCUUAACUGAACCUUACUUUUAGGGGUCGCCGUUAUUAGAAUAUGAAGAUGAUGUUCGAAAUUACAUUUUUUAUGUAACUGUGUUAUAUGGAAAAAAUCUAUACUAUAAUAAACAAUAAUUUAAGAAUGAUGAUAAGAAACUGAAUUAGAUACUAGAUAUCGGAAAUUAAAUAUAAAAUCAAUUGGCUUUGAAACACAUUCCACCACCACAUGCACUUCUGCGAUAAAGGUGACCUCAUAUCGUAGGAAUAUUAAGAUGUGUCAAAACGUUGUGCACAUUAAAGCAGCCAAUUAUUGAGAAAAAAGUGUAUACAAUUUUAGUUUGCUAAUAAAUGCAACAAUACUUUGAUUUCGUCCA